CCCUCACUUCCAAACUACACUACCUCUUCAUACACCACCUGCUGCUGCUCGUCGCUUUCAGUCUCGCUUCCCAACGCCUAUUCUCUCCCUUCCUUUCCCUUCCUUGGCCUAUCCCGUCCCCUCUUCGCUAUAUACCUGUCCGUAUGCCACACGUGCCUCUCCAUUCCAAACUAGGUAGCAACUGAUUGACACCUCUCGCCCAGGGCUCGCCAUCUCUCUGUAAUCAAGCCGGGCUUCUUACAUCCCCAUCACGCCAGAGACCAACAAGAGCUUCUCGCAUCCCUCUCCUUCUUCAUCCCACCCCUCGUAAUUUCGCCAAAUACUUAGCUCUCCCUCCGACACCUACGCUCUGUCUUUCCUCAUGUCUUCCCCUCCCUGGGACUACAUUGCCAAGCUCGUCUGCAUCGGCGACUCGGGAUGUGGCAAGUCGUCUCUCACCAUCCGGCUCUGCGAGGGCCGCUUCAGCCCCCAGCACGACGUCACCAUCGGCGUCGAGUUCGGAUCGAGGAUUGUGCCUGUCGGUCCACCCCACACCAAGCCUUCCGCGCCGGCCACCGAAGGCGGCCUUCCCGAGCCACCUCGGGCCAUCAACACCCCCCAGAAACACAUGAAGCUCUCGCUUUGGGACACGGCGGGACAGGAAACGUAUAAAUCCGUCACCCGGUCGUACUUCCGCGGCGCCUCUGGCGCUCUCCUAGUCUUCGACAUCACACGCCGUGCGACCUUCAUCCACGUCACCGACUGGCUGUCGGAUCUGCGCGCCAUCGCCGACCCGGACAUCGUCGUGAUCCUCGUCGGCAAUAAGGUGGACCAGGCCCGCGACGACCCCGUCGGCAACUACACCGGCCGCCGCGAGGUCACUGCCGUCGAGGCCGAGGAGUGGGCCCGCGCCAACGGCGUCCUGCAAUACGUCGAGACCUCGGCUAAGAGCGGCGAGAACGUCGAGCACGCCUUCAUGCGCGUCGCGGAGCGCAUCUUCGAUAACAUCAGCGCCGGCAAGUACGAUCUCAACGACCGCCGCUCCGGCGUCAAGGGCCCCGGCCCCGGCAGCGCCGGCGCCGCCCACCUUAGGCUGGCCCCCUCCGCCAACCGAGGCGUCAUGGGCGGUUGCUGUUAGCCGGAGGAAGUCGUGGUUAUGCGGGGCCCCCCCAGUGGGGGAAUAAGCGACGAUAUUAAGAGUAACGACCAUUGUUUACAACGAGACGAGGCGAAACGGGGAAGGCGCGGGAAUCACCAGGACGGCCCCUCGUGGGACGGCGCAGUCCCGGAGGCCACGGAUCUCGUCAGGUCACAUCGAACUACAGUAAUAUACUCUGAGUCUCUCUCGGGGCUGAAGAAAUGCGCAGAGGCAGAGAAGAGGGGCAGAGAGAAGACUCGACCCUGUAUAUAUAUAAUACCGCCGCGGCGCGUUGCGCGCUCGCGUGUUCUUUUUUUCUUUCUUUCUUCUAUGGGGGGAACAAGCACCCGGGACGCAUGCAUACACACAUCACACACAGGCGCCGUCGUCGACGAAGAAGAUACCCAACCCACCAGACACAACCCGCCUCCUUUUUUUGGGGGGGGGGGGGGGAGAGGAGGGGGCUCCUGCAAGGCCCAGAACCAGACAGGGCGGAACACAGGGCGGUAUACACGCAGGCAGAGGCAGAAGUAGAGGUAGAGGCAGCGAGAGGAGAGGGCCGUGCGAAUGCGGCAGGGACAGCGUCCAUUAGCAUAGCAUAGCAUAGCAGAGCAGAGAAGAGGCGGGAGGAGAAUGCUGAAUAUCGUCUACUUGUCC